AUGGCUCCUGAGCCGGCCCGGCGCGCCCGGCGCAGGGCCCGGCGCGCGCCGCCGCACGCUCGCUCGGCCGAGGACUGGUGGUGGGAGCGGCUGGCGCCCCACGGCUCCGAGUACCAGCUGCUGCAGGAGGACAGCAUGGUGCUGGUGCUGCCCAGCCCAGGGCCCGCCCGCGCCCGCCGCGCCCCGCGCACGCGCGCUUCUGGGGCUCGUGCCUCCACCAAAGCCGGGGCUCGUGCCUCCACCAAAGCCAGACCCCGCGCCGCGCCCGCGCCCGCGCAGGGGCCGGACCCGGGCUGGGCCGAUGGCAUCCCCUUGGAGAUCCUGGUGCAGAUUUUCGGGCUGCUAGUGGCGGCAGACGGGCCUGUGCCCUUCCUCGGCAGAGCUGCGCGGGUGUGUCGCCGCUGGCGUGAGGCCGCGUCCCAGCCAGCGCUCUGGCACACCGUGACCCUGUCUCCCCCGCUGUCCGGCCGGCCGGGCAAGAGUGGGGCCAAGGCGGAAAAGAAGCUCCUUGGCUCUCUGGAGUGGCUCAUGCCCCAUCGGUUCACCCAGCUCCAGCGGCUGACGCUCCUCCACUGGAAGUCACAGAUACACCCCGUACUGAAGCUGGCCACUGAGUCCUGCCCACAGCUCAGCUGCCUUAAGCUCUCAGACUGCCACCGGGUCACCCCUGACACCCUGCUCCUGCUGGCCAGAUCCUGUCCCCAGCUGCACAGCCUCGAUGUGCAGCACUCCACGGUGGAGUCCACGGCCCUGGUGAGCUUCCUGGAGGAGGCAGGGCCCCGAAUGCACAGGCUGGGGUUGACCUACAGCUCCCAGACGGCUGCUGUGGUGGGCAUGCUACUGGGCGGCUGCUGCCCCCAGCUCCGGGUCCUGGAGGUGAGCGCUGGAAUCAGCCCUAAUAGCAUCCCCCUCCAGCUGCCUGUGGAGGGCCUGCAGAAAGGCUGCCCCCAACUGCAGGUGCUGCGGCUACUGAACCUGCCAUGGCUGCCCAAGCCCGCCGGGAGGGCAGUGGCCCUGGGCCCAGGCUUUCCCGGCCUGGAGGAGCUCUGCCUCGCCAGCUCUGCCUGCAGCUCUGUCACCAACGAGGUCCUGGGCCGCCUGCUGCACGGCUCCCCCAACCUGCGCCUGCUGGACCUGCGCGGCUGUGCCCGCAUCACACCUGCCGGCCUGGACCGUUUGCCAUGUUGGGAGCUGGAGCAGCUUCACCUGGGCCUGUACGGCAUGACCGACCGGCUUACACUGGCCAAGGAGGGCAGCCCCUUGUUGACCCAUAAGUGGUGCCACAGCCUGCGGGAGCUGGACUUGAGUGGCCAAGGCUUCAAUGAGAAAGACCUGGAGCAGGCCCUUGCUGUCUUCUCGAGCCCUGCCAGGGGCUCCCACCCAGCCUUGUGCUCCCUCAACCUCAGAGGCACCCGGGUCACCCCCAGCACAGUCAGCUCAGUGAUCAGCAGCUGCCCCAGCCUUCGGUACCUGAACCUGGAGUCGUGCCGCUGCCUCCCUCGAGGCCUGAAGCGGGUUUACCGGGGCCUGGAGGCCGUCCAGUGGUGCCUGGAGCAGCUGCUCGCCAGCUAGAUGCCAUCCCAGUCCUCUUUUUGUUUGGUAUGCUGGAGCAUUUUUGUUACAAUAAAACAUAUUUUAGGA